AUGCAGGCAACAAGGAUAACACAGGCAACACGAGUAAAACAGGCAACACAGGCAACGCGAGUAAAACAGGCAAUGCAGGCAACACGGAUAACAGGCAACACGAGUAAAACAGGCAACACAGGCAACGCGAGUAAAACAGGCAAUGCAGGCAACACGGAUAACACAGGCAACACGAGUAAAACAGGCAAUGCAGGCAACACGGAUAACACAGGCAACACGAGUAAAACAGGCAACACAGGCAACGCGAGUAAAACAGGCAAUGCAGGCAACACGGAUAACACAGGCAACACGAGUAAAACAGGCAACGCGAGUAAAACAGGCAAUGCAGGCAACACAGAUAACACAGGCAACACGAGUAAAACAGGCAACGCGAGUAAAACAGGCAAUGCAGGCAACACGGAUAACACAGGCAACACGAGUAAAACAGGCAACGCGAGUAAAACAGGCAAUGCAGGCAACACAGAUAACACAGGCAACACGAGUAAAACAGGCAACGCGAGUAAAACAGGCAAUGCAGGCAACACGGAUAACACAGGCAACGCAGGCAAUACGAGUAAAACAGGCAACGCAGGCAACGCAGGUAACACGGGGAAUACAGACAAUACAGGUAACACAGACAACGCAGGUAACACAGGCAACGCGAGUAAAACACGCAACACAGGCAACGCGAGUAAAACAGGCAAUGCAGGCAACACGGAUAACACAGGCAACACGAGUAAAACAGGCAACACAGGCAACGCGAGUAAAACAGGCAAUGCAGGCAACACGGAUAACACAGGCAACACGAGUAAAACAGGCAAUGCAGGCAACACGGAUAACACAGGCAACGCAGGCAAUACGAGUAAAACAGGCAACGCAGGCAACGCGAGUAAAACAGGCAAUGCAGGCAACACGGAUAACACAGGCAACGCAGGCAAUACGAGUAAAACAGGCAACGCAGGCAACGCGAGUAAAACAGGCAAUGCAGGCAACACGGAUAACACAGGCAACGCAGGCAAUACGAGUAAAACAGGCAACGCAGGCAACGCAGGUAACACGGGGAAUACAGACAAUACAGGUAACACAGACAACGCAGGUAACACAGGCAACGCAGGGAACACAUGCAAUACAGGUAAUACAGGGCAACACAGGUAA